AAAUUGCACAAUAUUUGUUCAGCUGAUACACAGCUGAAUCCCAAACUGCGUGGCGUUUUAUUGUCUUCACAUGUCACAUUUAUAAUUUCCCCCCUCAAACUUCAGAUGAGGCGCUGCCGCGACUGAUCGCAGGGACCACGCAGGUUCACAUACCCCGUGCUGACGUGUAUGGGAUCCCUCUGCUUCACGCAUGCGUCGGUCACAGCGCAAACCCCCGUCAAGUGGGCUGAAAACAGACAGGCGCAAACCAGGAAUUCAGCUAUCUGUUCUUCACAGUAAAAGCAUAAUGUGAUGUUUUGAACAAAACACGUUGCCGUAUAGAAUGUCAAAUAACUUUCGAAGCUGUGACAAGAAAUACACAUUUAAAAGCAGAUAUUGUUUCCCCCCUCAUUGGACAGCGUUUAAGGCGGUUCAUUCCCCCUACGGGGAUUUAUUUUGAAAUCUACAACCGGAAACUCUGUAUUUCUGCUCGUCUCGACACCGGUUCGCUCUUCGCUCGUAACGUAGCGACCGGCGCGGUGUUGGAGUUUGACGUGGCACUCUGCUUCCACUGAGGGCGACACGCAGAGGAGAGGACUUUGCCCAAUAUUCAGGUUGUCACAAAACUCAUUCACCUUGGAAUGAGAAGAAAGUAACCGCCGUUCCGUCGAAAUGAGUCAACAGGGUUACGUCGCUGCGCCCCCGUACUCCCAGGCCCAGCCAGGGAUGGGGGGCUACCAAGGUGGAUUUGGGAGUGGCCCCGCGCAGCCCCCCUAUGGGCACUAUGGGGGACCACCUCAGGCAUUCGCCGCUCCACCAACAGGUAUGAUGAAAUCGACAGUUUCCUCUGCUGCCGGCAUGCCUCCGCCUCCAGCGGGCAGUUCCUACAGUCCAAAUGUCCAGCAGAAUGGCGCUCACUCACAAAGGUACCCUGCUCCACCAGCUGUAGGUGCUGCUUAUGGACAACCUCCACAUUCCCUGUACAACAGCAUGGCCUCUCCUGGCCCGCCUGCAGCACAGCAGCUCACCAAUCAGAUGAGUGCUAUGAACUUGGGUGGCUAUGCUGCAGGGCCGAUGCAGGGCCCUCCUCCACCAACAAGCUCUGUAGCCCAGCAGCGUUUCCAGGGACCUCCUCCACCAGCAAUGGGCCAGCCACAGAUGCCUCCAGGCACGCAGUCACUCCAUCUAUCCCAUCAAAUGUCCCCCCAGAUGUCUCCACCACAGUCCCCCCCUGUAAGCAUGGCAGGCAUGGUUAGCCCAUUCGGCGGGCCACCUCCUCAGGGCCCCGGAGGUUUCCAGCAGCCUGGUCUUGGAGCUGCUGGUCCACCAGGAUACCCACAGCAAGCUGGUCAGUUCGGGGGGCACAUGGCUGGGCCCCAGCCAGGCAUGCCAGGGGCCUUCCCUGGAGCUCCAGCUUCCAUGGCUGGCCCACAGCAGAAGAAACUGGACCUUGACUCUAUCCCAAGCAUAACCCAAAUCAUUCAGGAUGACCAAACAAACCAAGGAGGACAAGUCUUCAGCACAAACAUCAGGGGACAGGUUCCACCUCUGGUCACCACGGACUUCACAGUGCAGGACCAAGGCAAUGCCAGUCCUCGGUUCAUCCGCUGCACCACCUACACUCUACCCUGCACCGCCGAUCUGGCCAAACAGUGCCAAGUGCCCCUGGCUUGCAUCAUUAAACCCUUUGCCAGUUUGCCAAAGAAUGAGACUCCUCUAUAUGUUGUGAACCACGGUGAGACCGGCCCCAUCCGCUGCAAUCGAUGCAAGGCCUACAUGUGUCCCUACAUGCAAUUCAUUGAUGGCGGUCGUCGCUACCAGUGCUGCUUCUGCAACUGUGUCAAUGAAGUGCCAGUCUUCUUUUUCCAACAUCUUGACCACAUGGGCCGCAGGGUGGACUUCUACGAGCGGCCAGAGCUGUCUUUGGGAUCCUAUGAGUUCGUAGCCACCCUGGACUACUGCAAGAACAACAAGCCUCCGAAUCCUCCCGCCUACAUCUUUAUGAUUGACGUGUCCUAUAGCAACAUUAAAAGUGGCCUGGUCAGACUGAUAUGUGAUGAGCUGAAGACUGUGCUGGAGAAGCUGCCAAGAGUGGAAGGUGCGGAGAGCUCGGCGAUCAAGGUCGGCUUUGUCACCUACAACAAGGUCCUCCACUUCUACAACGUGAAGAGCGCGCUGGCCCAGCCCCAGAUGAUGGUGGUGUCAGACACGGCUGAGAUGUUCGUCCCACUGCUGGAUGGCUUCCUCGUCGACUACCAGGAGUCGAGGGCUGUUAUCUACAACCUCCUGGACCAGAUCCCUGACAUGUUUGCAGACACCAAUGAGAGUGAAACGGUCUUUGCUCCGGUCAUCCAGGCCGGCGUCGAGGCAUUUAAGGCUGCAGAAUGUAGUGGAAAGAUCUUCAUCUUCCACUCGUCCCUGCCCACCGCCGAAGCUCCCGGCAAACUGAAGAACAGGGAUGAUAAAAAGCUGGUCAACACAGAGAAAGAGAAAAUCCUGUUCCUGCCUCAGAAGGGAGUGUACGAGCAGCUGUCGAAGGACUGUGUGGCACAGGGAUGCUGCGUCGAUCUCUUCCUCUUCCCCAGCCAGUACGUCGACUUGGCGACCAUGGCUGAUGUGCCCGCGCACACCGGAGGCUCCGUCUACAAGUACAACAACUUUCAGGUGGAGACAGAUGGGGAGCAUUUCCUGAGAGACCUAAGGAAAGACGUGCAGAAGAGCAUUGGAUUUGAUGCCAUCAUGCGUGUUCGUACCAGCACAGGCUUCAGAGCCACAGACUUCUUCGGCGCCAUCCAUAUGAACAACACCACAGACAUCGAGAUGGCAGCUGUGGACUGCGACAAGGCUCUGACGGUUGAGUUCAAGCACGACGACACGCUCAGUGAGGAGUCUGGGGCAUUCAUGCAGUGUGCCUUGCUGUACACCACCACCAGUGGCCAGCGUCGCCUGCGUAUCCACAACAUGAGUCUGAACUGCAGCUCGCAGUUGUCAGAGCUGUACAAGAACUGCGAGACCGACUCACUCAUCAACUUCUUUGCCAAAUCAGCUUACCGUGCCAUAUUGAACCAGCCUCUAAAGAACGUGAGGGAUAUCCUGGUCAACCAGACGGCCCACAUGUUGGCCUGUUACAGGAAGAACUGCGCCAGCCAGUCCGUCGCCAGCCAGCUGAUCCUGCCUAAAACCAUGAAGGUGUUCCCAGUCUACAUCAACAGCUUGAUGAAAACUGCCCCCUUGGUGGGCAGCACGGAGCUCGCCACAGAUGACCGAGCCCAUCAGAGGCUCUCGGUCAUGGCCAUGGGGGUGGAGGACACACAGUUGCUGCUCUACCCACGCCUCAUGCCACUGCACAACAUGGACCUUAACAGCGAUGCUCUGCCCGCUCCGGUGCGCUGUUCAGAGGAGUCUCUUGCAGACUCCGGCAUGUUCCUGCUGGAGAACGGCCACUCCAUGUUUCUGUGGCUGGGCCAAGCGAGCCCACCCGACCUAGUCCAGAGUAUGUUCAACCUGCCAUCGCUCGCCCACCUGCAGGAACAUGUGUGUGUGCUGCCAAAGCUGGACAACCCACUGUCAGUGAAGGUCCGGUCCAUCAUCGGUGUCCUGCUUGAAAAGAGGCCAAACUCCAUGAAGCUCGUCGUCGUGCGGCAGAGGGACAAGCCAGAGAUUUUGUUCCGUCAGAGCCUGGUGGAGGACAAAAGUAUGCACGGCGGUUCCUCCUACAUGGACUUCCUCUGCUACGUUUACCGAGAGAUCAGGCAGCUGCUCACUUAACUUCAAACACUCGGUCCUCAGCGUUGCCCUCCAGACUGGCCCGGGACAGACACGGAGAUCUAAUGGACCAUGCUCAAAUCUCAGAGGGUCAGUCUCACGUGGUUCCAUUUUUAAAUAUAACAAGACAGGAGAGGGAACAAGGACCCAGGAGACUCAACUUCCAGUGUCCACAGCUGCCUUUCCCUCAUGCCUUUGAGUGAACACACACACACAGUAUGAUCCUCAAAUAACGACUUGUCACUUGAGGAGCUUCCGAGUGAAUCUGUCGGAAUGAACUGGACAACACAUCCAGCAAUUCCCCGCACAGAUUCUUUGCGUGAUGGACAGUGGAGACUGGAAUAACAUCAGUGCCUGUGGCUGACAUGCAUUUUGGCAUGAAGCCCACUGGAAUCAGGAAUACAGCAUAUAUCUCCACUGUGUUUUUAAAUAAAUAAAAAACAAAAAAGCAUUUUUCAUUUCACUAUGUAGAUUUACAGGCUCUGGAUAUGACAAGGGCUUAUUUGUGGGCCAUACUGUAAAUGUUCACUUUGCAGGGAGGCAUUAAAGCGAAGUAGUGACAGGGACCAAAUGUCGAAAGCUUUUCCGUCAAACUGUCACAUUAAACAUUAUUUAUGUUGCACUUUCAGAGUAAACUUCUGACAAUCAGACUUCAGCUCACAGUUCAACUCCCCAAAUUUAGUCUUUUUACACUAGCAACUAUAAUCUGAAAAAAUUGUCUUUCAUGAUAGCAUGCAACAUUUCAGCCAUGAGUUGCGGUACAGUGACAGCAUCAUACUGUAUUGCCUUGCUUGUUUUUAUAGAAACAAAUGUUUCUGUGUAAUACAUAUUCUUCAUUUGAUAAAUAUUGUACCAUCUUGUGUGUGUGUGGCCUACAAGGUCUUUUUGUACAUGAAAUGCACAACUUGUUUUUCAAUAUAUAACUAUCUGCCUUAAUUUGAUGUAGUUGUGAAAUAUGUUAAAAUGUAUAUGUCCUCGAUGACUAUGGCUGAUUUCAAUCAGCAGUAUUUGGUUAUAUGCAAACGUAUCUCAGGUAAUUUCAAUCCCUUUACUAUUGUUAAGAUUGGUGCAUCAUGUACACUUAUUCCAAAACAUAAACAAACCUUUUGUCUAAUUAAAUCUUUGAGUCUUAA